GUCCGCAACCGAAACGUAAUCAACCCCCAUCAGUCGUGGCCCCUGUAGCUCUGAACCAAGGACGAGUGGCCGCACUGAUGGACACGGCCCAAGGAGGGGAACUUGUUGCAUAUGAGCAACCCUCCCCCUCGGCGGCAGUUGCUUCAACCUCGGGAGCUUCUUCUUCCUCCGACGCUGCUGACGUGGUCGAUCCACUCGAGUACCUUCAUCUCGCCGGCAUGGUCGGAGUGAUCCGAUCGGCCCAUGAUGAUCUUGAAUGGGUCGAUCGCGAAUCCAAUCCCGGUCCACAGUUUCGGACAGGAGAAAUUGAUGUAUUACGAGCGCUUAAGCAGCUGGAUAUCCGUGUUCCGAUCCCGGUGGGGCAUUUGCUCACCAUCUCCGAAGCUGCAAACGAUAAACUCCUGCAACAUUGUCAGAAAAAUGAGAAGCGCUUCACGUACCAGCGAGUACAGCGAAUGUUGAAGAAAAAGGAAGGAGGCGAGGAGGUUGCACCACCUGAACCUGAAACAGGUGAACCCAAAGCAGCACGAGUAGUUGCGAUUUCGUUGGCAGAGAAGGAUCACUUCGUACAAGCUCGACCAGUGUUGUGGAAAAGCGUUGAGUAUGAUUGUGAAGUUUGGGGCAAAUCGUUUAACGCCCUUAUCGAUACUGAGUCUUCAGCAGUGGCCAUAUCUUUAGACACAAGUGUCAUAAAUGUCAUUAACUACUGCGUGAUUGUGUACGUGGAUGACAUUUUGGUGUACUCGAGUUCCUACGAAGGGCACGUGCAACACAUAGAAUGGGCGUUGCAUGUGCUACGAGAUGCUGGCUUCAAGGUGGCGUUUGAGAAGUGCCAGUUUUUCCUUACCACCAUUUCCUUCCUGGGACACGUGGUAACAGACCAGGGACUUAGACCGGAGCCGCAGAAGGUGGCAGCUGUCAGAGAUGCGUCGGUGCCUAUGACUAUUACGCAGGUUCGCGCCUUUCUGGGUCUGGCCUUGUACUACCGAAGGUUUGUCAAGGGCUUCGCGGCGAUUGCGGGACCCCUCACGAAUCUACUGCGAAAGGACCAGCCGUUGAUCUGGACGUCGGAGUGUGAUCAAGCGUUUUCGGAACUCAAGGCCGCCCUCAUUUCGGCCCCAGUUCUUAUAAGGCCGGAUCCCGAAAAGUCUUUUGUCCUCAUUACUGACUGGCAGCUAGAGGCAAUUUCGGCGAUCUUGGCCCAGGUGGCACCAAGCGGACUUGAGAACGUGGUGGAGUAUGUGUCCAAAUCGGUGCCCGCCUGCAAGCGUAACUACGCCGCUCCAACAGGAGAAUGCUACGCGGCUCUCUGGGGAAUCAGUCACUUUCGAGCUUACUUGUACGGGCGGAAGUUCAUAUUGGUAACCGAUCAUGAGCCUCUGCUAGCCCUGAAGAAAUCUAAGGAUUACUCGGGCAUGAUCGGGCGAUGGGCAACGGUGUUGCAGAGCAUGCACUUUGACAUUCGUCACCGGAAACACGAAAGGCACGGGAAUGCGGACGGAUUGACACGACUACAUCGACCUGAGAAGGUUCCAAAGAAUGAGGAGGUGACUCCGUGGAACGAACCGAAGAAGGAGAACGGACCUCGGUACGACCAAGUGGAAAUCCUGUCAAAGGAUGCAUGCUUGGAAGAGCCUGGGGACGAAGACUCUUUACCGUCGCAGCAAAAGUAUCUGAAGCCAUACGGCAUCAUCGAUCACGCUUUCUAUCCGAAGGCAGAGGAGGUGGUGAUAGAAGGGGAGGAAAGUGGCGACGACGAGGAAACAUCGAAAGAGGGAAGCUAUAGCGAGUAUAGCGAGGGCGAGCAGAGCGAAGAAGAAGAAGAGGAAGAAGAAACCAGGUCUGAGUGGGAAGCCUUGGCGGAGGAAGCGACGUGUACUGGCACGGAGGCGGAAGAUCUUGAGGCAGCGCGCAAGCGGGAAGAAAUUGCCACCCGGAAUCGCCAGCUGGAGUUCGCCAGCGGAGCAAGCCUGCGCAUCGGUGACGAUCCAACCAGGGAUCCGGAGCCACCGAAACCCGAAGAUGGCGACCCAGCAGCCGCCACCCCAAGCACCUCACGGCGGAGACGGAGUCGAUCCUCCUCCCCCUCCAGCCCCACCCGUCCCCCAGUUCGUCCACGUACCGAUGCGAGGGAUAGGCCUUCGUCCCCGUUCAUUAUCCCGUCGUCCCCUUGAUUACCUCACCCUCGAGCAGAUCCACACCCCCGUCACCUUCCCCCGCUACCCCUUCCCUCCGCAUCUCUUCCGAGAUUUCUACUCCACG